AUUUUUAGAAAAUCCUUGAUCUAGCUUUAAAAAGGCUAAACGGGUAUCUCUUUUCCGUUCGAUAAAUUCAUAAAUUAAUGCCACAGAAUGGACUUAUUACGGAAUGUUGAUAAUAAGGAAAUUUUUACUGAGGUUCUCCAUUUAGCCAUAGAUUACCUAAUUGGAAAUAUUAAUGAAGCUCAAACUAUUCGGUUGUCUCACAAGUAUGGAUUUAAGAAUUCGGAUGAUUUUCUACUUUCCAUUCGAAUCAUAUCAAAAUAUUAUGAAAAUUUCGCCAUAGAAACUACAAGUGAAAAUUUAUCAAAGUUUUCUUGCAUUAAUCCUGAAAUGAGCCGACUAGUGACGACGGUCCUCGCAGCACGUCAGCCUGAAGUAACAAAGCAUGUUGGGCAAUUGGAGUACAUGAAAUCCACAAAUUUCUUGGAGUCGUUUGUGUGGGACACACGUCUAAUAUUGGGAGAUAGCAAUCUAGGCGGAAAUAUUUAUCAAAUAACCACUAUUGGUUUGAGCUACCGUCACUCUAAUAUGCAGAAUAAACUGUUAUUUGAAAUGAAUUAUAAGAUACUCUGUGAUCUUAUAUGUCUGUUAGAGAAUUCUUUGGCUUAAGAAAAACCAGCUUAUUUUAACAAUGCGUAUUGAUUUUUAGGCAUUAAAGUAUCACGUUCACAUAUUCCAAUUUAA